UUUCGCUCUGUCUGUCUCUCCACCUCGGUGCUUAGUACCUAAGCAUCAAGAGAAAUACACAGAUAAAAGACUCUACACAGAGGCAAACAUACCAAAUAGCUUAAAGAGCUCAGAACUAGGAAUAAUCAUGGUUGGUCUGUCUGACAUUCCGGUUCUGGGAAAUUUUGUGGACAGAAUCUCUGAUGCUACUGUCGAGGCGUUGUUUCGCGGGCUGCGCUAUUUGUUUUGCUACAAGGAACUUGUCAAUGUUCUCAAUUCCGAAAUUGACAAAGUUAACAUUCAGCAGGGAAGGGUGUCCAGAAAAUCUGAUGAAGAAAGAAGUGAUGGUAAAGUUAUUGAAGAUCAUGUGCUGAGGUGGCAGACGGAGGUGAAAGAAAUGCAAGACAGUGCUAGAGAGUUUUCGAAGAAAUACCAAAGUAGAGCUUCAUGGACGUGCUUCAAGUGUCUGCCCAUUCCUAAACCUGUCUCCCGUUUUCGACUAGGUAGGGAGGCUGUAUUGAAGGCUAAGAAAGCAACUGAACUCAUCAUAUCUGGAAGGGACCUCCUGGCUAAUGAGAUUGCACAUCUCCCACCGACUGAUAAUUUACCAAAGGCUGACGCUGCUUUCCAGGAUUUCAGAUCAAGGAAAGGUGUUUAUCACAAGCUCUGGGAAAUGCUGGUAGCUGAAGAUAGUCUCAUACUUGGGAUAUAUGGAAUGCCAGGAGUUGGCAAGACUCGGAUGAUGGAACAAAUCUGGCAAGAAGCCAUGGAAAAGAAGAUCUUUCAAAAGGUCGCGCGAGCAAAUGUGGGCAAUGAAAAGCUGGACGUCUUGAAGUUACAAAACCAGAUUGCGGGCCAUCUAAAUUGCCAUUUUAAAUCUCAAGAUAAUAUGGAAAGUAGAGCAGCUCAGUUGAAAAAUUGUUUAAUAAACGGUGGAAAGAUCCUCCUCAUAUUUGACGACGUAUGGAGUGAGAUUCCCUUAGACUAUAUCAUUGGGACUUCAUUUGGUGAAAGUAGUACUUCCAAGGGUAGUAAGAUCCUCUUGACAUCUAGAAGGCAAGAUUUAUGCUUACGUAACAAGUGCACGCAUCCUGUCCAGAUUACAACCCUGAGAGAUGAAGAAGCAUGGGAUCUUUUUCAGGACUCUGUUGGAACUUCUCAUAUUGAUUCUUUGCCAGAUGAAACCUUGGCGAAGGAAGUGUGUGCUAGAUGUGCUGGUUUACCACUCCUUAUUUGUGCUGUUGGUAAAGCACUGCAGUUUAUGUCUUACCAUGUAUGGAAAGAUGCCCUUCAAAAACUUGAGAAAGGCAAGAUUGAUGGAAUAGAUUCCCAAGUAUAUGCUUGUGUAAAAUUGAGUAUUGAUAGAUUACAAGAUGAUGCAAAGUUGUGUCUGUUUUUGUGUUCCUUAUUUCCUGAAGAUGCUGACAUUGAUAUCAGGAAGUUGAUCCAGUUUGCAAUAGGCUCUCAGUCCCAACUCAUACCGGAUGGACAGUCUACAAUACCUGCUAUGGUUGAUGUACUCACAAAAGCUUCUUUGUUGCUCGAGUGUAGACAAAAUCAUAUAACUAAAUUGCAUGACAUCAUUAGAGAUGUAGCAAGAUCAGCAGCUUUCAAAGAUCCAACAUAUGCAAUUUUACAUGUAAGAUGUGGCUCACAGUUUCCUGAUAAUGCUGGUUACCGUACUACUAAACUAUUAUGGUUGGAUGUCGAGAGAGAUGAUAUUCGUUUCCCAGAGGAUCUUGUGUGUACAAACUUGAAAAGCUUGUGGUUACAUUGCAACAAUCAUGUACAAAGAUUCUCAGGUGACUUCUUUGGUAUGUUUGUGAAUCUUGAAUUUUUAAUGCUCCAAAAUGUGCAUUUUCUUUCCGAGCAAUUCUCUCUUCAACCCUUGGAUAAACUCAAGAUGCUUAUCUUUGAUAGUUGUGACAUAAGAGAGACUAAUAAUAGUCUUUUUCCCAAAUAUCUAAAAACUCUUUGCAUUUGGGCUUGUGAUCUCCCAAGUCCACUGGAUUUACCAAACCUGAAAAAUCUGCGAGAGCUAGAUGUCCAACAAAAGUUACCUGUGAUUAUGGUGCCAGGUGCCAUAUCUAGUCUAUCCAGUCUCGAAGAAUUCCACAUACCUAAUGGAUUCAGUUUUUUGGAUGAUGCAAAUGAUAUAACGCUGAUAAUGGACGAGAUUAGUAAAUUAACUCGUCUGACAAGUUUGAAGAUUUUUUUCAGUAAUUUUGAGGCUUGUCAAGGUAUAUCUAUAUUUUUCACAUUACUUAAAUAUGAUAUAUCUGUAAACUGCGAAGGGUAUCAUGAAGCUUUAUCUGAUAUGACAAAAAUGAUCAAGUUGCAUGAUGUUAAAGUGAAGACUAGUGAUAAAGCCAUCCAAAGUCUGGUGGAGAGGGCUGAAAAAGUGGAAGUGGUGUCUACGGAUGUCGAUUUAGGUAGCAUUUGCAAUAGUAACAAAAAAGCAUUUGCAGAUUUGAGAGACCUGGAAAUUCGUUUAUGUCACAAUGUGGAGUAUAUAGCAAGGAUUUCACAAGACGAGAUUCAGCAAAAUCGUCAACUGCGGACAUCCUUCUCUAAACUAACCAAUUUAACAAUUCGAAGUUGCCUUACAAUGAAAUACCUCUUUUGCAAGUCCGUUGCAAAAUGCCUUGGGCAAUUGCAAAUUCUUGAGGUAGAUGAAUGUCCUGCAAUGGAAGUAAUCAUAAUGAAUGAAGACCCAAGUGACGGAGAAAUCAUAGACUUCCACAAACUAAAAACAUUGGAUCUGCGAAAGUUGUGGAGUCUCAAAAGCUUCUGCAGGGGAAAGAAAGAAAUGCAUUCAGGUUCAACGGACAACUCUGUCACCUCUUCUGCUCAAUUUCAACCACUAUUUGAUGGGAUGGUUGCGUUCCCUUUCUUGGAAAAGUUGUAUAUCAAAACUUUGGGAGAUACAGUUAGUGAUAUUUGGGGAAACUAUAACUCCGGUGAUAAUGAUAAAAGUAAUGUUAUAUUAUCCUCCUUCUGCAAACUAAAGAUGCUCGAGGUAAGCAGAUGUAGCAAACUGGAGAUGGUGAUUCCAGUUGGCAUGUUGCAUAGGCUAAGGAAUCUGGAAUAUCUAUACAUAAGCAAAUGCAAUAACUUGAGAAACGCGUUUCCAACUUGUAUCGCCAGAGAUCUUAUCAACCUUCAACAAUUGAGUAUCUCAGGAUGCGGGAUGAUGAGUGAGGUGAUCGGAGGGAGUGAAGAACGAGCACAACAAGAAGAAGAAAUCACAAAUGAGGAUCAUGGAAUCAUAGUGUUUCCUAAGUUGAGCCUGAUGACUCUUGAAGGUUUGUCUAAUUUGACCAGUUUUUGCUGCCAUCGGAGAGGGGUUUCUAAUACCUACAAGGUUCAGUUCCCAAGCUUGGGAUGUUUACAAGUGAACAGUCGUGGGGAUAUUAACUUGGAAGGGAUAGAGCUGGCAGGAGAUGAUUCUACUUGCCAAAUGAAGGAACUAUAUAUACACACUGAUCAGCAGAUGCAACUUCCACGUCAAUGGAAACUUCAUUUAUAUAAUCUGGAAACAUUGGCAUUGUAUGGCUGUUGGUGGAAUGAGCUGAAAUCUCUGAAUUUUCCAAAAUUAAAGAGGUUGACUGUCAAUAAUUAUAGACGCUCUGCUCUAUUCACCAUCUCAGGAUUUAAUAGUCUACAAGACCUCAAAACUCUAGAUGUAUCGGAAUGUGGUUUAUUGGAAGAUAUCGUGGAGAAUGUAAGAGGCCAUGAACAUGCUGGAAUGGAUAUGGAGUCCAUCAAACUCUCCAAGUUGAAUACAGUUGUAUUUAAAGAUUUGCCAAAACUCAAAAGUUUUACCUAUGGUGCAAACUAUGAGUGCUAUAUGCCGGCUUUAAAGAAGGUUGAAAUUGUUAAUUGUGGACUCUCCUCUCUUUUCACAUGGUCCGUCUUUAAAAAUCUCCAACAACUCCAUGCAUUAAAAGUACUGAAAUGCAGGUUAUUGGAAGACAUUGUUGUGGUUCCGAGGGUAGAUGAAACUUCUCAUGCAAAUGACCAGAUUUUUCAACUCUCAUCACUAACUCUAAGAGACUUGCCAAACCUCCGAAGUUUCGGUCACAGUGUUAAAUUACCAUGCUUGGAAGAUUUCUCUAUGAGCAAUUGCGGGGACAUAAACUUGGAAGAGAUAGAGUUGGUCAAAGAUGAUUCCACUUGCAAACUAAAGUACUUGUCUAUACACAGUGAUAAGCAGAUGCAACUUCCAUGUAAAUGGCAACCACAUUUAUAUAAUCUGGAGAGAUUGACAUUCACACACUGUUGGUGGCAUGAGUUGAAAUCUCUAAAUUUUCCCAAAUUGAAGAAGCUGGAUGUUAAUAAUUGUGGAUGCUCUGCUCUUUUCACAAUCUCAGGCUUUAAUAGUCUGCAACAACUUGAAUUAUUGCUAGUAUCGAACUGCAGAUUGUUGGAAGCCAUUGUUGAGGAUGGAAGCGGGGAUGAAACAUCUGACACAAAUGACAAGGUUAUCAGACUCUCUCGACUCUCAUCAGUUACUCUUAAAGAUUUGCCAAACCUCACAAGUUUCAGUCGCAGUGUAAGCUAUGCUUUCCGUAUGCCUAGUUUAAAAAAGAUUCAUCUGCUUGGGUGUCCCCAGCUGGGGAAUUUCACUUCCUCGGUAACAAGCACAGGAUCAGUAUCUGUUUAUACUGAGGGGAAUGGAAGGGAAGAUGUUACAGACCUAAACGAUUUCAUAAUACAAAAUCACAAAAGAGGACGUAAUAUAGUGAAAGUGCUGGAGAUUCAAAUUGGUAAGUAAGAAGUGAAACCAGAACCAGGGAUUAUUGAAGAAGAUGAGCCUCAGGAAGGAUAAGAAUCUCCCCUAGCAGAUCAACCCAACCUUCUGGAUUACUCAAGAAAAAAUUGAUGACUUGACUAGUACAUUUCUGCUUAUUCAACAACCACAUUCUUCAAAUUGUGAACAGCAGAGGUCUUGGAUCGUCUGUGGCACCAAUUGUGUAAUUCGAACAUGUGAAGGUUGGGAACCUUUCUAGCAACAAAAAAAUACCAGUGCCUUGCUUAGAAUCAAGAAGCGGCAAACCAACUGCUAAAAAUGAAGAUCCUUCAAGAUCAUGUCAAUCCCUUAAUAUAACCAUGUGUUCUGAGUUCAGGUUUUUGCCUUCUUGGACACUUUGCUUGUACCAACCUGUUUUACUGCCCCACAUGUGAU